ACCUGGCCGCUCCCGCAGGCUGGCGGGGCGCUGCCCCCCGCGCGGCAUGGAUGCCCCGCGCCGGGACAUGGAGCUGCUCAGCAACAGCCUGGCGGCCUACGCGCACAUCCGCGCCAACCCUGAAAGCUUUGGCCUCUACUUCGUGCUGGGCGUCUGCUUCGGCCUGCUGCUCACUCUGUGCCUGCUGGUCAUCAGCAUCUCCUGCGCACCCCGCCCGCGCCCUCGGGGCCCCGCUCUGCGCAGGGACCCUCGCAGCAGCACCCUGGAACCCGAAGACGAGGACGACGAGGAGGAAGACACGGUGACCAGGCUGGGCCCCGACGACACGCUGCCGGGCGCCGAGCUGUCGGCUGAGGCCGAGGGGCCGCUCAGCGUCAACGUGUUCACGUCCGCCGAGGAGCUGGAGCGCGCGCAGAGGCUGGAGGAGCGGGAGCGGAUCCUGCGGGAGAUCUGGCGCACCGGGCAGCCGGAUCUGCUGGGCACUGGCACGUUGGGGCCCUGCCCCACGGGCACGGGCACACUGGGUCGCAUGCACUAUUACUGACGCCCGGCCCAGCUUCCAAGGGGCUCUGGAGUACUGGACAUGUAUCAGAGCCCAGAGCUGGUGGCCCCAGGACUUUUGGACUUGCCUGGGUUCCUGAAUUCCCCUGGUGCUAUUUGGAUAUAGACUGCCACUUUCUGCGAGGCACCCAUCCCGGGUGGGAGCGGGAGGAGGAUGCAAGGUCCCCACCUUCUCUUCCCCGGGAACGAUGAUGUGACCAAUGAAAGUAGCGUUCUCAAUGACUGUCUCUCCCUCUGUUGCCUUUGCCCCCAAUGGGUCCCCAGGCUCCUGCCACGCAGCUAGGCCUUACU